CUUGUCAGAAAUGCCUUAGAACUGUGAAAAGAGCCCGGGACCUGGGAGAGGAUGCAGCGUUGCAUGGCUGGUCAGAUUACUCAGGGCGGCUUACAGUAGUGGAGCUGUUCAAGCCGCCUGACUGGCAGAAAGGGAAGAGCUACUUGAAGGUUUCUCCCCCCUACACAUGCUGCUGAGGUCCAGUAGCACCUACAGAGAUACAGACUUGCAGUUUUUUUCUCCAUCAGGCAGAUGCUACUGAGCAAUGAUGUGCAUAUAGAAGAAGGCAAAGUGGAUGCUAUUUUCCUCACUUGAGUUGCGCCAAACCAAGCCGCCUGCUUCACUGAAGAUAUUUCGCACCACCAUGGAUCAACCGGCCAGCAGCUGCAUGAGGAGCACCCAUCCCGGGAGCUCCAUCUGGGGCUGCGUGCGUAACCCACACUCAGGCAUGCCCGCCACCGGGCUUCAGGCCUACCAGCAGAGCCCUCUUUCCCUGCACCAGAAGCCCGAGUUCCUGGCCUACACGGACUUCCCGGCCUCCUGCUUGGUGUCAGCGCCCUACAGUUACCAUAGAGACGAGCGGCUGUACGCCGAGCCGCACGGCGGGUUCCAGCGGGCGGACUGGCAGUUCCCAGCAUGUGAGACUCGUGGCCGGGUGCAAGAGCCCUGCGUGGCGGGAGGUGGCGGCGGGGUAGGGGAGAUGGAGAGUACAGACAGGCUCCAUGGACCGGCAAGCGGGUGUCUGGAGGGAGACUUCGCACCGCACGGCAUGGCGCCAGCCGAGACGGAGAAAAAGACCUCCAAGAGAAAGAGGGACAUCACAGAGGUUCAGGACUCCAGCUUCAAGGCUGAUUCCAACUGCAAAGCCCGCAAGGAACGGACAGCUUUCACCAAAGAGCAGCUCCGGGAGUUGGAGGCGGAGUUCACCCAUCACAACUACCUGACACGGCUGCGACGUUACGAGAUCGCAGUGAACCUGGAGCUCACUGAGAGACAGGUGAAGGUUUGGUUCCAGAACCGACGGAUGAAAUGGAAAAGAGUCAAAGGAGGGCAGCCAGCCUCCCCCCAUGACUUGGAAGCAGAUGAGGUGGAUUCUGCUGCUUCACCCAGCUCAGAGUGAAGUGGCAGAAGAACAACAGUUGGACACCCAGAGUUUCUACAUUGAAUCCAUGAAUGCUUGGCUACCAGGACAUGGACAGAACGUUCUCUAUACCUGCCAUCAGCAUAAGACUUUUAUUCACAUUUAGACUCUGGGGCAAGCACCAGUAUGCAUUAACCCAUAAAAUGUAGCUAUGGUCCACAUUUUAUGACUGUAAUAAACUUGAAAUGUUACACCUCCAAUCCCUGGAACACUGAUUGGAAGAUAAUAGGACAACAGAGGAGAACUUCAGUCUCAUUUUAGAUGCAGAUAACUUGACCUCUUGGUUUUUGCAUGGAAGCGAUUUCCUACGGUAUUGACUCUCCUGAGCAUGUUCAGGGACUAUUUGCCCUGUGACUGAAAACCUGGAUCUCUCCCUGUCUGGAGUUCCUGUUGAAAAACUGUGCCAUAGCUCAGGUGUGAGAUCAUGGCUUCUGCAUCCCAAAUGCGAUAUGUGGAAAACCCCAGAACAAUUUCACAAGCAUUCCAAAAACUGCCAAAACAUGAGUGCCUCAAUCUUUAAUUAUUCUGUGGUGUCAUCAGGCUGUUUUUGAUUAUUUUGUGUUUAUUUUUUGUUGCAUUUCCGUUUGAACAUUUGAAGUGGUUAAUAAAUUCAGAUGUAGCAUAUUAAAAUCUGCAAUA